GGCAAACACGUGAUGACCGACUUGAUGAUAACUACCAUGCCAUGCCAGCCUCUCCUUCCCCCCCCCCCCAUCCACUGAAUUGUCACUCAUUGUCAAUCUCAUUCGAGCGUGCCAGUAGGGAGCGAAAAAGACAAGACCCCACAUGCUCACGUAGACACAGACAGAACUUCUCCCGACCGCUCAGCUCGUUGAUUAGCCAACCACAAAAACGGACGGACUCAAAAACAAGCAAACGGGGCCGUCCGUGAGAUUUGUAUGCAUCCAUCCAUCCAGCCAGCCAUGGGGGUGAGUGGGGAGGUCAGAUGGUGGUCGCCCCCGGCGUCUCGAACCGUGGAGUGAGGAAGAAGCACAGCGGCACCUGAAUGAAUCAUGGGAGAAUUGGGUAUUGGUGAGCCGCACACGGACAGGACAGAUACAGGCGGGCGUUGCUGCUUACUUGCAGCAGUGCCAGGCCCAUGAUGAGGUACUUCGUGGGCAGCGAACCUCCCGACUUGACACCUGCAGGACACACACAACGCACGCAUACACACAUUUUGCCAGCCCGCCACCAAGGUGCCGGCCACCCUGGCGUACCCCAUUCUGAUGCCGUGCUGGUCUGGUGUGGCUGCUGGGCUUCCAGGAACUUCCACUGAUGCAUGCACAUGGACAUGGACACACACGCAGCGAGAUAGAAUCGGUCUCCGUGGUCACCAUCCACUUGUCAUUGGCUUCCUCAUAAACUCACCGUGACGAAUGCGGCGCAGAGCGACAGGUAGCUGAAGGCUAUCCAGAAGAGGACCCGGUGGAACUUGCCCGUCAGAGCAACAAUCACCAAACCCACCGCCACUAUCAACACCAAGCUGCACGACAACAGCCAUUACGAGUGUGUGAACGCCACGCGCGUGAAGGCCCCUCCCCCUCCACUAACCUGACGAAUUUGUAUGCUGCGACGGCGACCAUGUCUAGCCAGAGGACCUGGCUGCCCUUGCCGCCGCCCAGGUAGAACCCCAGUUUGGCAGCCAGCACCUCCAGGAACACAACGAUGCCCGCAUAGGUCGCACGCGCACCCAACAACUCAGGGUGAAAACUGACCACACACAACACAAGCACCGAGCGUCUCAGUGGCACCUUGUCUGUGUGCUUGCUUGUUGGCCCCUCCCUCCCUCGCUGCCUGACGCACUUACUUUGCGAGUGUGCCUUUGGUGAGUCCGAAUGCGAGGAUGUAUGUGAUGUAGGCCAUUAGAGGGAUGUACAGAUCCAGCUGGGUCACAUCGCUACUGCACAACCACAACCACAACCACAACCACAACCACACACACACACACCAAAGCUGGAUACACGCACGCCUCUAUAGUGAGAAGCCCUGCGGUCUGUACUCCACCUCUGUUUGUUUGUUGGUUCUGAGAUGCCGCCGCCGGGCGACCACUGAUCCGCACCGGCAGACUGAGGCGACCGACCCCCACGGCCAAAGGACUGACACAUACGCAGCAAGAUGGAAGUGAGAUCUCUGCAGUGCUUGGGUCACCGAGUCACCUGUUGUUUGAUGAAUGGGCACAGCAGGAACAGAAGUUUGCUGAGGACGUAGCUGUGGCUCACUUGGAAGUAUCGACUCAGCGCUACCAGCGACGCCGGCCACCACCCCUUCAGCUCCUUGAACUACACACACACACACACACAUACAUAAGACAGGCACGAUAGACACAUGAGGCGUAAGUGUCCCCCUCCCUCUCUCCUUGGCUGCAUUCCAUUCCUCACCUGUUCCUCCCUGAUGCCCAGUCCCUCGGCCAUGCCCUUGAGAGCGAACCCCGCCACAGCAUUGGACAGCUGGGGGUCCAUUCCCAUGCCCAUCCCCACCAUCUGCACCGCCUGACCCACACCACCAAUACCCCCCUGGCCGACGCCGACCCCGCCCCCCUGCUGCAUUGGCGGCUGACUGGCAAACCCUCCCGGCUGAUCCGAGCCGUCCUGUGAGGGGUGGUACGGGUGGUGGUGCGGUGCUCGGUGGGACGGCUGCUGAGGCGCCCAGGGCGACGACACCGGCCCUGACGAUGGCUGGCUGGCUUCUGGCCCUGCUAGUGCGCCUCCGCCGUUCAUGGCCAUGCCCAUUCCGCUGUGGUGGUGGCUUCUGUUGGUCAUGGUGGGCCCGCUGGGGUGUGGCCCGAGAUUGACGGUGCGCGACGCGGGCAUGGCAGAUGGAUGGGGAACACCUGUGGUGCGCAAUCGAUCACGAUGGAUACAAACACACAGGGCGCAUUCCGUGGAUGCGCGCAUACCUGUUGGCAUCUGCUGGUCAGGGCUCGUGAAUGAGCUGCAGAUCAACACGGGCAGAAAGACAGGCGUGACGUGUGAACCUGUGAGGACGUCAGUCAGGUGUAUUCGAGUUCCCUACCUUGACUGGUGCCACUGGAGGUCGUCCCCGCCCGCAGCCACCCCGGGCAUCUGUCUGUUUGCCGCACCCCUGGGAUUCAAGCCGAACGGGGAUUUCACUGGAGGCCGCAUUGGAGAUCAGCUGACAAUCAAACGGAUCUGACGCCUGAUCUGUAUGAUAUAUGAGGUGCUCAGGCAGCCACUCGCCCGCUGAUCAAAAAAC